UGGGAGAUCUCUUUAGUUGUGAAGGUUAGUUUUGUAUGAAUGGUUGUUUCUUAUGUUUGUAUUCUUUUAAGUGUAGCUUUUUUUACUCUUUUUGAGCGUAAGGGGUUAGGGUAUGUUCAAAUUCGCAAAGGGCCUAAUAAAGUAGGAUAUAUAGGAGUAAUUCAGCCUUUAGCUGAUGCUUUGAAGUUAUUUUUGAAAGAGGAAAGGGGAAUUAGAGUAUCAAAUAAAGGACCUUAUUAUGUGGGGCCGGGGUUGAGUUUAGUUUUAUCUUUAUGUCUUUGAUCUUUAUAUUGAACUAAUUUUAGGGUAUGGAGGAUAGAGCUUAGAGUUAUGUUUUUUUUGUGUGUUUCUGCUCUUAAUGUUUAUGGUACUAUGGUUAGGGGGUGAGCUUCUAAUUCUAAGUAUUCGCUUCUUGGGGCUCUUCGAGCAGUGGCACAGACAAUUUCUUAUGAAGUGAGGUUAUUUUUACUUUUAUUAUCCGUUAUUAGCUUAAGAGGUAGAUUAAGUUUUAGUAAGAUUGGCUUAUUUCAAUAUUCAUUUUGGAACAUAGUAAUUUUGUUUCCUGUUUUUUUUAUAUGGCUUGUUGUUUGUGUGGCGGAGACUAAUCGGGCUCCUUUUGACUUUGCUGAAGGAGAAUCAGAGCUAGUCUCUGGGUUUAAUGUAGAAUAUGGUGGAGGUGUUUUUGCUCUAAUUUUUCUUGCUGAAUAUGCAAGAAUUUUGUUUAUAAGAAUAAUAACUUCCAUUAUUUUUCUAGGGGAACAAAAUAUAAGGAUUUUUAGUCUUUUUUUUUUCUGAAGUAAGGUGGUGAUUGUUAGAUUUUUCUUUAUUUGAAUUCGAGGGACUUACCCCCGUUUUCGUUAUGAUCUUCUAAUGAAAUUGACUUGGCUGAGUUUGUUGCCAGUUUCUUUGUUUGUGUUAGUUUGAGGAGUUGCUUUUAAAUUUUUAGUUGUAGUUUUUGGGAUCAGAUAGCAAGAUAUCUUGUUUUUUGACUUCCAAUGCCAAUGUUUUGUUUUAAACUACUAUCUGGACAUGACUAUGCUAUCUUUGUUUUCUUUAAUUUUAAGAAUUGGAUUUAUCUUACCCAUAGUGUCGCAGCCUUUGUCAAUGGGAAGUUUAAUUUUGAUUAAUAGGUUUAUAAUUAGGAUCUGUGUUUUUUUCGAGAGGGGGAGUUGGUUUGGAUUUAUUUUAUUUUUAAUUUAUAUUGGAGGCCUAUUAGUAAUAUUUGCCUAUGUCACAGCAUUAACUCCUAACUUAGUAUUUAAGAAAGGAAGUUUAAAGUUUGGGUUUUUUUUGAUAUAUUUUUUUUGAGUUAGUUUAUUCUUAUGUAGUAGUGUUGUUGGGAUCCCUGGGGAAGUAGAAAGACUUUCACUUCUAUGGGAAGGAGGAUAUCAUAAGCAAGGGAUAUCCUUAUUCUCUUUUUUUGGGGGAAUGACUGCAAGGGGGUUAGUUCUUAUUCUGUUGUUUAUUUUGCUAUGUGUAGUUAAAGUUUGCUAUAAAAGCAAGGGAGCCUUACGUCCUUAUAAGUAAUAUGCUUAAACCUUUGCGUUCUAGUCACCCUAUUUUGAAGAUUUUUAAUGGAUCUUUGGUGGACCUUCCUUCUCCUCCUAAUCUGUCUAUUUGAUGAAAUUUUGGUUCUUUAUUAGGAUUUUGUUUAGUUUUACAAAUUUUAACUGGGCUGUUUUUAGCAAUACAUUAUGCUACUAGAGUAGAUUUAGCUUUUUCAUCAGUAGCUCAUAUUGGUCGGGAUGUUAAUUUUGGGUGGGUUAUUCGAAGGGCUCAUGCUAAUGGGGCUUCUUGGUUUUUUAUUUGUAUUUACUUUCAUAUUGCUCGAGGGCUUUAUUAUGGUUCUUAUGUUAAUAUUCACACUUGAAAUUUAGGAGUGAUUCUUUUUUUCCUAACAAUAGGAGCAGCUUUUAUUGGAUAUGUCUUACCGUGAGGGCAGAUAUCUUUUUGAGGAGCUACUGUUAUUACUAAUCUAGUUUCUGCAUUACCCUAUAUUGGUAAAGAUGUAGUACAAUGAAUUUGGGGGGGAUUUGCUGUUGAUAAUGCUACAUUAACUCGAUUUUUUACUCUUCAUUAUUUGGUUCCUUUUAUUAUUAUAUUAUUUAGAGUAUUGCAUUUAUUGUUUUUGCAUGAAACGGGAUCUAAUAACCCUUUAGGAUUAAACAGAGACAUGGAAAAGGUUAGUUUGCAUUCUUACUACUUAUUAAAAGACUUAAUUGGAUUUCUUUUAGUUAGUUUUUUUCUUGUUAUACUUGUCUUAUUGGAACCUAAUCUAUUAACAGACCCGGAGAAUUUUAUCCCUGCUAACCCCUUGGUUACUCCAGUUCAUAUUCAGCCGGAAUGAUAUUUUCUUUUUGCUUAUGCUAUUUUACGAUCUAUCCCUAAUAAGCUAGGAGGAGUUCUUGGGUUACUAAUGUCCAUUGUAGUUCUUUUUUUUGUUCCCUUACUUCACUUAGGUGAAUUUCGUUCAUUAAGUUUUUAUUUUUUAAAUCAAGGGUUAUUUUGAUCUUUUGUUUCAGUCUUUUUUCUAUUAACAUGGAUUGGUAGUCAGCCCGUGGAAGAUCCUUUCAUUACGAUGGGGCAAAUUUUGACUUUAUUAUAUUUUUCUUUUUUUAUUUUGAACCCAGUCUUCCAAUGAAGAAGAGAUUAUGUUUUAAAAAAAUAAUUAUUGAU